UCUGGGAAAAACAUUUUUAAUGGCCGAACUCUGCGGUUGAGUGUUUGAAUAAAAGAUUGGAGAGCACUGUGGGUGAUUUAUUUAUUGAUGAGUGGCGCUCCGUACAAGGAGAGAAACAGAUCCUUGUCAAAUCUGAAGAGAACGUGCACUUAAACCAUAUACGGUUACGUGACGACUUUAGGAAUUUUACUGAAAAGUGGAAUUAUCGUGACUGCUACAUACUCUGUGGCUCGAACUCCUCCACAGUCGGACCGUGAGUUACGACAGCCCGGCGAGCGCUGAAGAAAACACCAAGGCGACAUGAUGUCGGAUAGCACUGGAGCAGAUCUGGGAAAUGAGGGAAAGCAUGAAAAUAAUUCAUCUCCUGGAGCAACAGAUCAAGAAAAACAACUUGCUGCUGAUGCAUUCCUAGCUUUUAUGUCUGGAAAUUACGACCUUUGUCUCCAACAUCUCAAGAACCUUCAGGAUCUCAAUAAAGAUGAAUAUAAAAUCGCAAUGAAUAAAGCCAUAGCAGAAUUUUUUAAAAGUGGCCAGACGACGACAGAAACACUGAAACAGGCACUCGCCGCACUGAAGAAUCAGGUUCAUGCUGCUGUAGAAGAAAUGGACGGACUUGACGACGUUGAAAACAGCCUGCUCUACUACAAUCAAGCCGUUAUACACUACCACAUGCGCCAGUAUUCGGAGGCAGUUACGAUUGGAGAAAAGCUCUAUCAGUUUUUGGAACCCUUUGAAGAGAAGUUUGCUCAGGCGGUUUCCUUCUUGCUUGUGGAUCUGUAUCUACUGACAUAUCAACCAGAAACUGCUCUACAUCUCCUUGCUGUCCUGGAAAAGCUCACCGUACAGGGCAACAAUAAAAAUGGCAAGAAUGAGGCUGCCAACAACUCAAACAAAGAGGGUAUAAAUCAGAAAGCAGAUUACAUUGCAAUGAUGGAGGCAGCUAAAUCAAAAAUUCACCAGUAUAAAGUGAGAGCUUAUAUACAGAUGAAAUCUUUGAAGGCCUGUAAGAGGGAAAUCAAGUCAGUUAUGAACACAGCUGGAAAUUCUGCACCUUCACUCUUCCUAAAAAGUAAUUUUGAAUACCUAAGGGGCAACUAUCGAAAGGCAGUGAAGCUUCUAAAUAGCUCCAACAUUGCUGAACACCCAGGCGUCAUGAAAACUGGUGAAUGUGUGAGAUGCAUGUUUUGGAACAAUCUUGGUUGCAUUCAUUUUGCUAUGGCAAAGCACAACCUAGGAAUCUUUUAUUUCAAAAAGGCACUUCAGGAAAAUGACCAUACCUCAGCAAAGCUAGCGGCAACUAGUAACGGACAGGCCAAGAAGUUUCAAGGCAUACCUAUGUGCACCCUUUUAGCCAAUAAGAGAUACGAACUGCUGUACAAUUGUGGAAUCCAGCUGUUACACGUAGGGAGGCCCUUGGCUGCCUUUGAAUGUCUGAUUGAGGCAGUGCAGGUGUACCAUUCAAAUCCACGGCUCUGGCUGAGGCUAGCAGAAUGCUGUAUAGCUGCAAACAAAGGGAGUACAGAACAAGAAAAUAAGGGACUUCCAAGCAAAAAGGGAAUAGUGCAAUCAAUCGUUGGUCAAGGAUACCAUCGCAAGAUUGUAUUAGCAUCUCAGUCGACGCAAAACACCAUAUACAAUGAAGGUCAGUCUGCUGCCAUUCCUGUUGCCAGCAUGGAGUUUGCCGCAAUUUGUUUGCGGAAUGCACUAUUACUUCUGCCUGAAGAUCAACAGGAAACAAAAUCGGAAAAUGGUUCCAAAAAUUCCAGCCAGUCUGGUAGCAUAGAGAGCAGCAGUGAAAGCGGUGAAUUGUGCAGUUCAAAAGGACAAGAAGGUGAUAAAUUCAUUCCCGCACCACCAUCAGCUCCAAUUAGGAAACCAGAACUCGAAAAUUUAAGGUGUUCCAUUCUGGCCUGUAGUGCUUAUGUAGCCCUGGCGCUGGGGGACAACCUGAUGGCCUUAAACCAUGCGGAGAAACUGCUGCAGCAGUCCAAGUUGUCAGGAUCGCUCAAAUUCCUGGGCCACUUGUAUGCUGCCGAGGCUCUCAUCUCUUUGGACAGAAUCUCCGACGCCAUUACUCACUUGAACCCAGAAAACGUCACGGAUGUCUCCCUCGGGAUCCCUUCAAACGAGCAGGAUCAAGGGUCAGACAAAGGAGAAAACGAGCCCAUGGAGACCUCAGGAAAGCAGACCCCACAGUGCUACCCCAGCUCCGUCACCUCCGCUCGGGCAAUGAUGCUCUUUAACCUUGGCAGUGCCUACUGCUUGAGAAGCGAAUAUGAAAAAGCCAGGAAGUGUCUUCAUCAGGCGGCUUCAAUGAUCCACGCAAAGGAGAUCCCACCAGAGGCGAUUCUACUAGCCGUCUACCUGGAGCUACAGAAUGGAAACACACAGCUGGCCUUGCAGAUUAUUAAAAGGAAUCAGCUGCUCCCCUCCAUCAAGACGCCAUCGCCUGACGUGCGGAAGAAGCCCGUGGCACUCCAGCCAAUGCAGCCAAUCCAAGUGCCGGCGUUCACCACCGUCCAGCGCAAAUGAGAGGAAAAAAACAAAAC